GGGUGGACCCGAGACCGCUUUCCUGGGGAGUGAGCUCCCUGGCGGCCGCAGUGAGCGCAGGGCAGGCUCGGGCAGCUCCCAGACGGCCCCGGCGGUGAUAAAACUUGAGAAAUAACUAGGAGGGGCCGCCCGGCGUCUCCUCCAUCCAAUCCCUUGUGAGGAGAGAACUUGCUCCGGGCAGAGAAGCCAGAACGAGGCCAGAGAGACUUCCAGACAAGCUGCGGCGAGAAACGCACCUCCCGCGCCUCUCGGCUUCGGCGCCCAGCUCCCGCGUCCUCCAGCCGCUGUCCCCGCGCGAUGGCCAUCGCCGGGUCCCGGAGUCCGCCGUGCUGGGCGCUGCGCACGCAGCUGUUGCUGACCCUCUGGGUCUUCAGUUUUGCUGGUGAAGCCUGUAAAGAGGUGAUAUUAAAUGUACCAUCGACACUAGAGGCAGACAAAAUAAUUGGAAGAGUUAAUUUGAAAGAGUGCCUCCGAUCUGCAGACCAAUUCAGGCUAAGUGAUCCUGAUUUCAGAGUUCUAGAUGAUGGGUCAGUAUACACAGCCAGAGCUGUUGUGCUGUCUGAUGAGAAAAGAUCGUUCACCAUUUGGCUUUCUGACACGAAGACACAGACUCAGAGAGAAAUUCCUGUGCUCCUGGAACACCGGAAACAGGUAUUGAAGAAGAGACACAGUAGGGAAACUGUCCUCAGGAGAGCCAAGAGGAGAUGGGCACCAAUUCCUUGUUCAAUGCAAGAGAAUUCCUUGGGCCCCUUCCCACUGUUUCUUCAACAGGUUCAAUCUGACGCAGCACAGAACUAUACUGUUUUCUACUCAAUAAGUGGGCGUGGAGUUGACCAAGAACCACUGAAUUUGUUUUUCAUAGAGAGAGACACUGGGAACCUGUAUUGUACUCGACCUGUGGAUCGUGAAGAAUAUGAUGUUUUUGAUCUGAUUGCCUAUGCAUCCACUGCAGACGGGUAUUCUGCAGAUUUACCUCUCCCGCUGCCCAUCAAGGUGGAGGAUGAGAAUGACAACUACCCUGUUUUUACAGAAGCCGUGUAUAACUUUGAAGUUCCUGAAAGCAGUAGACUUGGUACUGUAGUGGGAACGGUUUGUGCCACGGACAGAGACGAACCUGACACGAUGCAUACCCGCCUGAGGUACAGCAUCUUGGAGCAGAACCCACGAUCACCUGGGCUCUUUUCUGUGCACCCGAAUACCGGCGUCAUCACCACUGUCUCCCACUACAUGGACAGAGAGGUUGUAGACAAGUACACAUUAAUAGUGAAAGUCCAAGACAUGGACGGUCAAUUCUUUGGACUGAUCAGUACGUCAACUUGCCUCAUCACAGUGCAGGAUUCCAAUGAUAACGCGCCCACAUUCAGACAAAAUGCUUAUGAAACAUCAGUAGAGGAAAACGCGUAUAAUGUAGAAAUCUUGCGCAUACCUAUAGAUGACAAAGACUUGAUUAACAGCGCCAACUGGAAGGCAAAUUUCACCAUCUUAAAAGGAAAUGAAAACGGACGCUUCAAAAUCACGACAGACCCAGCGACUAAUGAAGGAGUUCUGUGUGUUGUGAAGCCACUGAAUUAUGAAGAACAUCGCCAGGUCAUCCUAGAGAUUGGAGUGAACAAUGAAGUUCAGUUUACCAGAGACGUUGCCAGCCGAGUGCCAACCAUGAACCGAGCCUUGGUUACAGUUCAUGUGAAGGAUCAGGAUGAAGGGCCCGAAUGCAACCCACCUGCUCAGUAUGUAGAGAUCAAAGAAAACUCGGCAGUGGGCUCCAAGGUCAAUGGCUACAAGGCUUAUGACCCUGAAACCAAGAACAGCAAUGGCUUAAGGUACAAAAAAUUGCAUGAUCCAAAAGAGUGGGUCAGCAUUGAAGAAAUUUCGGGGGUGCUCACAAUAUCUAAAGCCUUGGACAGAGAGGUCAUGACUCCUAGAAAUGACUUAUAUAAUAUUACAGUCAUGGCAAUAGAUCAAGAUGGUAGAUCGUGCACGGGAACGCUUGCAGUGAACAUUGAAGAUGUGAAUGACAAUGCACCACAGAUACUUCAAGAUUAUCUUGUAGUCUGCAAGCCAAAGAUGAGGCAUACAGACAUUUCAGCCAUGGACCCUGAUGCGCCUGUCAAUGGACCGCCCUUUCAGUUCAAGUUGGCAAACCCUUCUCCAGAAGUCAACAGAAUCUGGACUCUCAGCCAAGUUAAUGAUACAGCUGCCCGCCUGUCAUACCAUAAAAAUGCUGAAGUUCAAGAAUACACCAUUCCCAUCACUGUAAAAGACAGAGCAGGCCAGUCCACAACCAAAAUCUUAAGAGUGAACCUGUGUGACUGUACUCACCCGAGUCAGUGUCUCGUCAGGUCGAGGAGUGCAGGCAUAGCCCUGGGGAAGUGGGCCAUCCUUGCCAUAUUACUGGGCAUUGCGCUGCUCUUCUCUGUACUGCUAACUUUAGUAUGUGGAGUUGUUACUGCCCAGAAAGGAAAAAAAUUUCCCGAAGAUUUAGCACAGCAAAACUUAAUCAUAUCAAACACAGAAGCACCUGGAGACGACAGAGUGUGUUCUGCCAAUGGAUUCACGACCCAGACUGCCAACAAUUCCAGCCAAGGCUUCUGUGGCACAAUGGGAUCUGGAAUGAGAAACGGAGGGCAGGAGACCAUGGAGAUGAUGAAAGGACACCAGACCUUGGACUCCUGCCGGGUGGCAGGGCAUCACCACACCCUAGACUCCUGCAGGGGAGGGCAUAUGGAGACUGACAACUGCAGACACACCUACUCGGAGUGGUACAGUUUCACUCAGCCCCGACUCGGCGAAAAGUUGCAUGCAUGUAAUCAGAACGAAGAACACAUUCCAUCUCAAGACUAUGUCCUUACCUACAACUACGAAGGCAGAGGGUCGCCAGCUGGGUCUGUAGGCUGCUGCAGUGAAAAGCAGGAGGAAGAGGGGCUCGACUUCCUAAACAACCUGGAACCCAAAUUUCUUACAUUAGCAGAAACAUGCACAAAGAGAUAAUGUCACCAGUUACCAUUAGAUGUGACCUGGCCAGACAUUCUAGAAGUUUAGAAAAUGAUACUGUAAAAUAUAGCUACUAAUUACAUGUAGACGACCUUGACUUAUGAUGAUUUGACUUGUGAUAUUUUGACUUUAGUACAGUUUGAAAUUGACACAUGUUCAGGAGAAACUGUACUUGAAAUUCUGAAUUUUGAUCUUUUCCUGGGUUUGAGAUGUGCUGUAUGUGACUUGCAAUGCUGAGCAGGGGCAGCGAGCUACUAGGCCACAAGAUCUGGGAUGGGGGGGAAGUGGGGGGGCAACUGAUGUGUUCUGAAGUGUGUUCUGUUGCUAAGCUAUGAUGUUCUGGGAUCCAAGCAUAUUAAAUGAAUUUUCAGUAUAAUGAUAUUUUCACUUACAAUAAUGUUACUGGGAUACAACCUCAUCCCAAGUUGAGGAGUGUAUGUAUAUAUAAUGGGUUUUUCUACAUUUUAAAGUCUACCUUCAACUAAUUUGUAUUUUUAGAGCAACUUGUUGUUUACUACUUUCCAAAAAGCACAAACUGUUAAAAUAGCAGAUGUCUUGCUGUGGCAUUGGAAUUAACUAAGGUCUGCAAGGCCUGCUCUCCUCUAGAUAUUUCCCAUUAAAUGUGUUGGGUAAAUAUUAGUAAAAAAUAGCCAAGCCAUCUCAAUAUCUCAUUUUUAUUAGUAUAUACAUACUUCAAGCAAUAGAUUAAAAAUAGACAAAAAGCUAACACUAUUUGAAGAGAUCUUUAGGGCAGAAAUAAUUAUUACUAAAUUAACAGUUUUUCAGGUCUGAAAAUUUCGGACUAGCCCUCCCUCUAGCUCUCCCUCCAACUUCAAUAUCAAAUAAAAACUUUAUUUGACUCAGGAAACAAAAUUUGGCAGGUAGCCUACCGAGCGCAAUUUUCUAGCAGCACAGUUUGAAACGUGUGUGCAUGUGUUUAACACUACAUAUCAGUGCAGAGCUCUUCCUGCCCAGAUUCUGUGGACUGUGUGAGGCCUGAUGUGUCAGAAAAUGAUUCCUGUCCACUUGUGUAAUUUGUUUAAAUAUGGAAACAUACUUUCUGGCUUUAGUGGAAAGGAAAGAGGGAACCAAGUUGAAGGUAGAUCCAGUUUGCAGUCCACCUAAAACUUUGUGUGUCCAUAGAUUAGAAGCAAACUAGGGGAUUUGGCCCACAGCUGGGCGCCCUGCUUUUUGGCAACUUUACAGAAAUGAGGUGUUUUCCCUGGGAUUUGGUGCUAAACUAGUUUUCAGUUUUGUCUCUGCUGCAAUUACAUCUUCUGUCAUCCUUUCCUUUUUCUGUUUUCUUUCCUCUUUUUCCUUUUUCUCCUCCCCAUUCCUCUUUCUUUUUCCUAUCUAUUUUUUUUUUUUUUGAGAGAGAGGCCCAUCCCACUACAAAUCCCAAGCGUCUGAUCUAUGAUCCUCCUGUCUCAGCCUCCAGAGUCCUAGAACACAGGUGUAUGCCAACUUCUGUUGGCACUUCGUUUUUCUCUCCUAUCUAAGCAUCGUUUUGUAAAUUUAGCUGUGAUUGAUCCUGUUCUUGCAGUUCAGAGGCUGUGUGGUGCUGGGAGGGAAGUCGUACUGACAGGGACAAGUGGCGUCCUUACACUCAAAGCCACACGAUGGGAGUUACAGUAUUUCUAUUACCUAAUCACUGCCCUAUUUUUAUUCUUUAUUGAUUUUUUUUGUCAACUUCAUACAACAUACCUUAUCAUAUUUAAAUGCCCCUCCCCUACUUGCACCCCCCCCCACACUGGUUUUCAUGCAUUCUGUUAUGUUUCUUUAAAGUAGCUUGGGCACGGUUCUAGAAAAGCCAGCCUUCAUUGAUUCCUUCUUUCCUCUGUUUGCCAAUAUUGUUUGUAAGACCUCUAGCAGAUUUAAGUAGGUGGUAAAUCCUCUAGAAACUCAGGCAUCCUUCAGUCAGCGUGAGUUAGUUUUUUUUUUUUAUCAACUUGUCAUUUUAGGAGAGAACAAGGCAAUGGAGUGUUUGGGUGUCCAGAGAGUAACAAGCACAUUCAGGUCCUCCAGGGUAAGGAGUGAACCAGCAGGGCUGUGAACAGUAGGAAAGGCAACACUUUCCAAGGCCUUGUCCUGCCCUUCCCUCCUGCUUUUAAACCAACACAGUGCCCUUUGAUUUUGGCAAAGUAUCAGCCAAGACUUUCUUAAGGCUUCCUAGAGUAUAGAAUCAAGGAGGAGGGCUGGCCCUGGGUAUGCAACUGUUGGAACAGUGCUUGUCUUGAAUGCAUGAUGCCCUGGUGUUGAUCCCUAGCACCCCACACACCAAACUUAGAGGUGCACACCUGAAAUCCUAGCACUUGGGAGGUGGAGGCAGGAGGGUCAAGUUCAAGGUUCUCCUGGGCUAUGUGAAGAGUUUGGGCUACAUAUGAUGAGUAUAAGCAUUUUGGAUGGGCCAGAGCUGCUGUGCAGGACAAACAGCCUUCACAGGGCAGCUCUGAUGGCUUCUGCAGUCCUCUGGGUGCUAAGAAGGUCUGUGCUUGAAUGUGUAUCUAAAACUCUGAUCUGAUUUUACCUUUUGAUUCUUUCAUUUGAUCCUGAGAGCUAUGUUUUUUCAGACUUUGACUUUAGUGCCAUUUUCCCCCUCAAAGCAUUCUAAUGUUAACGUGUAAUAUUAUUCUUUCCUCGUACAUAUAGGGUGAAGUUUGUGCUAUUUCAGUACCCAAGAAAAAAUAUCAUUUUUUUAAAGCUUUCAUUUCCUUCCCUGGAUUUUUUUUAAUGUAAAUGUACAGACUGUUUUUUCUUACAUUUAUAAGGAAAUAGUUAACUGUCUAAAGUGUAGUCGAGGUGUGUUUGUCAAUGUUUUAAACAGCUUUAAUUAAAACAAAUUACUUUGCUUUUGAAAUUUGGGAGAUUAAAAUAAUCAAACAUUGAAUGUGUAAAAUAAUAGUUCUAAAGAAUGUAAUA